CGCGCAGCAAUGCCGUCCUACUCGGUGACGGUGGCGACGGGCAGCCAGUGGUUCGCGGGCACCGACGACUACGUCUACCUGAGCCUGGUGGGCUCGGGCGGCACGAGCGAGAGGCACCUGCUCGACAAGCCCUUCUACGACGACUUCGAGCGCGGCGCGAUUGAUACUUACGAUGUGACAGUAACUGAAGACCUGGGGGAGAUCCAGCUGAUAAAAAUCGAGAAACGGAAGUACUGGUUUCCUGAUGACUGGUACUUGAAGUAUGUCACGGUGAAAACACCCAUGGGUGACUACUUAGAGUUUCCGUGUUACAGAUGGAUUACAGAUGACAAAGAGGUGGUACUCCGAGAUGGACGAGCCAAGCUUUCUGCGGAUGACCAGACUCAGGUCCUUAAGCAUCACAGACGCAAAGAGCUGGAGGAUCGUCAGAAGAUGUAUCGGUGGGCAGAAUGGCACCCAGGCUUUCCCCUGAACAUAGAUGCCAAAUCUCACAAGGAAUUGCCUCGAAACAUCCAGUUUGACAGCGAGAAAGGAGUCGACUUCGUUCUGAAUUAUACUAAAGCGAUGGAAAAUCUCUAUGUUAAUCGUUUCAUGCACAUGUUCCAAUCUUCCUGGAGCGACUUCGCAGAUUUUGAGAAGAUCUUUGUUAGAAUAAGCAAUACAAUUUCUGAGUAUGUGAUGCAGCAUUGGCAAGAAGAUUUUAUUGGAUACCAGUUCCUGAAUGGGUGCAAUCCUGUACUGAUCCAAAAGUGCACAGAGUUACCAAAGAAAUUUCCUGUGACUACAGAAAUGGUAGAAUGCAGUUUGGAGAGAAAUCUGACUCUGGAAGAGGAAAUAAAGCAAGGGAAUAUUUUCAUAGUGGAUUAUGAACUUCUGGAUGGUGUUGAAGGCAAUAAGACUGACCCCUGCACUGUGCAAUAUCUGUCUGCUCCAGUCUGCUUAUUAUAUAAGAAUUUAGCAAAGAAGAUUGUCCCUAUUGCAAUCCAGAUAAAACAAGCUCCUGAGCCAGGGAAUCCUAUUUUCCUGCCAUCAGAUGCAAAGUAUGACUGGUUAUUGGCCAAAAUUUGGGUACGUUCUUCUGAUUUCCACGUACACCAGACUGUUACUCACCUCCUUCGGACUCACUUAAUUUCUGAAGUGUUUGGAGUGGCCCUGUUCCGGCAACUGCCUUCUGUCCAUCCUCUCUAUAAGCUCCUGGUAUCUCAUGUGCGGUUUACAAUAGCCAUCAACACAAAAGCCCGAGAACAGCUUAUCUGUGAAUAUGGCCUUUUUGACAAGGCCAAUGACGGAGGAGGAGGUCUUGCACAGAUACUCCAGCGAGCAAUGAAGCACCUCACCUACAGUUCCCUGUGCUUCCCUGAAGAAGUCAAGGCAAGAGGCAUGGAAAGCACGGAGGACAUUCCAUACUACUUUUAUCGGGAUGAUGGUAUCAAAGUGUGGGAGGCCAUAAAGAGCUUUGUGACAGAUGUUGUUGACAUCUAUUACGAUAGCGAAGAGAUGGUUUGCGAAGACGUGGAACUCCAGGCCUUUGUGAAGGACGUCUAUGUUUAUGGGUUGAGAGGAACCAAGGCUUCAGGAUUUCCCAAGACAAUAAAGACACGCCAGAAACUGUCAGAAUAUCUUACCGUAGUGAUCUUCACAGCAUCUGCACAACAUGCAGCAGUCAAUUUUGGUCAGUACGACUGGUGUUCCUGGAUUCCUAACGCCCCUCCAACGAUGCGUCGCCCACCACCUACAGAAAAGGGGAGCGUCACUAUUAAGUAUAUUGUUGAGAGUUUACCGGACAGAGGGCGCUCCUGUUGGCAUCUUGGUGCAGUUUGGGCCUUGAGUCAGUUUCAAGAGAACGAAGUGUUUCUGGGGAUGUAUCCAGAUGAACACUUCAUAGAGAAGCCAGUGAAAGAGGCCAUGAGGAAAUUCCGCAAGAACCUUGAUGAAAUUACCAGUUGCAUUGCUGAGCGGAACAGGAACAAAAAACUCCCCUACUAUUAUCUUUCCCCGGAUCAAAUACCUAACAGUGUGGCUGUUUGAAUUAGCCUUUUCAAAGACAUGAAAAGGCAGUGAACUGGAGUGACAAUCACGUCAAAUUAUCUACAAGCAAAUCAGCUGGCUUCAAACCAAAUUGGGUCUUAAUUUGUACUAGAUACUAUUGUAGUUUAAGUUUUCUUUGAAUAUCUAUCCCUCAUAUAUAAUUAGUUGAUACUGUGUUACUGUUAGAUAAUAAUUUUUAUAAUUAUCAGGAAAUACAAAACCUUAAGGAACAUUUUUUACCUUAAAAACAGAACCUUUACCAAUGGAGGAAUUCUAUUCCACACAUUUGCUUCUUG